AUGGGAUUCAGAUCGCUGCUCGGUUUGAGCUCACUGCUCCUCUCUGGGGUCGUCCUUGGACAGACCGCUUCCAUUGAUCCCGAGACUAUUCUUGGACCUAUUUCCCCAGUAUCAGGAGACAGUGGAAGAUACAUCGUCAAGUUCUCCGGGGCCGGUUCAGCGAAGUUCAGGAAGCGUGAUGGCACUCCGGACUCCGAAGGCUUCUUCGCCACCCUGGCGGAAUCUGGCAAGGACGCCUCGCCUGCUGUGAGCUUCAACUCCCAGCUUUUCCAUGGUGCUUCGUUCGACCUCAAGAAUGGCUCCGCCGAUUCUGUCGCGGACAUCCAAGCUUUGCCUGAGGUUGAGAAGGUCUGGCCAGCUGCUCUCUUCAGUAUUCCUGUUACCGGCAAAGCCGUUGUCGAGUCUCAGUUUCCCACCUGGAACCCCCAUAACGACACCAACGUGGGGCUAGCACAUGCUAAUGGGUAUCUCGGCCAAGAUGUCGUCGUGGCCGUUGUUGACACUGGAAUUGAUUACAACCAUCCCGCUCUCGGUGGUGGCUUAGGCUCUGGAUUCAAGGUUGAGAGCGGCUUCGACUUCGUUGGAGACGACUACGUACCAGGUGACAUCUACAUCCCAGACGAGGACCCUAUGGAUUGCAACGGCCACGGUACUCACGUUGCUGGUAUUAUUGCUAGUAGCAACGAGUUCGUUCCAGGCGUUGCACCAUCUGCGAAGCUGCGUGCCUACAAGGUCUUUGGAUGCGGUGGCAGCACUUACGAGGAUGUCAUCAUCGCUGGCUUUCUGCGGGCCCAUGAAGAGGGUGCUGAUAUUGUCAGUGCAUCUCUUGGAUCCAAUCGCGGCUUCGUAGACACUCCCCUUGCUGAGGUGGCGACGGCUAUCCAAGCUGCUGGCACCUUUGUGUCGAUUGCAGCAGGGAAUGCAGGUGAAACUAAUGGACCUUGGUACACAAGCAGUGGUGGCAACGGCAUCGGCAGCACCACUGUUGGCAGCGUCGAACAUGACGAGCUGGUGGCCUGGACCUUGAUUGCGCGCUCCAGCAAUGGUGAAUCCAGAGAGAUCAUCUAUCUCGCGGACAACGGAGUGCAAUGGAAUGUCAAUGGUUCAUUCCCAGCGUCGUGGCCUUCGGACCCUCGAGACCAUACUGCAUGCGGAUACCCUUCUGCCAUCCCAGAGACAAAUGUUCUGGUCAUUCCGCGCGCCGAUUGUGGAUGGCAAAGAACGGACAGCGGAUUAAUGGGUAAGGUUGACUGGGUCUUGAUCUACAACUACGAGGGUUCCGAUUGGGAGAUUCCCGCUCGAGUUCGCUACAACGCUGAAGAACAGCCCAAAGGAUACAGCUUGAUCACCUACACGGACGGAGAUUGGCUCGUGAAGCAACACGAGAACAACCAAACUGUUACUUUCGACUUCGUGAACGACAACAGACCCGCUGCAAUUGAUCGGCCAUCAUUCGCCGGGGGCAGAAUCGACCAAUUCACGUCUUGGGGUCCGACAUUGGAUGCUCGGAUGGCUCCUCAAAUUUCCGCUCCAGGCGGCUCUAUCUUCUCAACCUUCCCGCUUGGCUCAGGUGGCUGGGCCACGUUUUCCGGCACAAGCAUGGCUACUCCCUAUAUUGCUGGCGUUGCAGCUUUGUUCUUUGCCGCCAAUGGUGGUAAAGCUGCCCUGGGUGACGGAGGAGCCAAGCUGGCCCACGAAAAGAUUGUUGCCAGUGGCAAACCUAUCCGUCACUACGACGGCACAGAUGCUUUGGCCUCGGUUGUACACCAGGGUGCUGGCUUGGUCGACGCCUUCAAAGUCGUCGGUUACUCGACUACGGUCAGCCCAGCUACUCUCAACCUCAACGACACUGAUCAUUUUCAAAGCACUCAUGAGGUCAAGGUUACCAAUGCUGGGGAUGAGUCGGUGACUUAUCAGUUCUAUCAUGAGGCUGGGACCACAAUUUUCUCCAAGGGCGCAGGAGAUGCAUGGAUCUCGCUGUCUCCACCAUAUGCCACUGACGAGUCCAAUGUUGCAACUGUCGACUUCUCUACUACUGAGAUAACUUUGGGGCCAGGAGAAAGUGGUACUUUUUCUGUCGCAUUUUCUGAGCCAUCCGCGUCUGAGGCUAUCAAGCUUCCUGUCUACGGUGGCUCUAUCAUGAUUGUAGGAUCUCAUGGAGAAGCUGUUCGCGUCACUUACAUGGGCGUUAAGGGAUCCAUCUAUGCCAGUGACAUUUGGGAGAUGGAACGUGGUGUUCCUCUGCUUCUCAGCGGAUACGGAGGUCUCAUGGAAGAGGGUCACAACUAUACGUUCGAAGAGGGAGGGGACGUCAUGCAACCCUACUUCAACGUUCUCUGGUCCACUCGAGAAAUCAGUUUCGAUUAUGUUGCCCGCGAUUGGAACGAGUCAGACUGGGUUUACCCCCCGGUUCCAGGCCAGAACAAGUACCUCGGCUCAUUCAUCACUGAGCCCUCCGGCCUCUCCGAAACCAUCACGAGCUUCCCUUUCAAGAACUAUCCUCGCAACAGUGGAGGUGUCUACGCCAAGCCACAGAACAAGUUCGCACACGGGGAAGAUAUCCCUGCCGGUGAAUACAAGCUCCUCUGCCGCACUCUUCGCACCUUCGGCGACCCCAACAACCUCAACGACUGGCAGUACAAGGUAUCCCCCUGGUUCCGGGUAACAAGGGAGAAGCCUCCGGUCACCGAGACCCCCGUUCCCACAACGGCUGAAGCUACUCCGGUGCCGACUUCCACAGUCAGCGUACCCGAGCCCUGCGCCGCUACAGCAACUCCCGUCAGCAUUCAAGCGUCUCUUGCCUCCGGAGAGGGCCCAUACAACCUUUACCUCUACUCUGAUUUCGCUGCCAUCGAUCUAGCUGGAACAAAAGCCUCCUUGAACUUCACUCUGACGAGUGAUACACAUGUUCAGACCUGGCUCGACUCUUCUUACAAGUUCUUCUCGGUGCAUACCAACACCAACAGUCUGAUAUACACAUACACAGCGGGUAGAGUGUCUGGGGCUUACUCGUUCCUUGAAUGUGCCGUCGUAGAUGGCGCUUUGCAGUGCGAGUCCAAUGGCAAGAAGGCACUGUAUGUCUGCGACAGUGGAAGUGGUCUGCUCCGCCAUGGCACUGAGCCAUUGGAUAGCUGCCAAGCAGUCACAUUGACAGUUGGCCCUCGAGAGAACCCAAAUUGUGCCACCGCCACCACUUCGGCCGGAGCGACGGGGAUAACAGCAGUGCCCACUACAUUCUCAACCGCCGUGGCGACUGCAUCCUUGUCUUGA